ACGGGGCGCGGGCCCGGGGGGGCCCGGCGGAGGCUGCGCCGCGAGUGAGCGGGGCUGUGCCGCUAUCGCCCUAGGUAGGAUGGACCUGCCCCCCUGCCUCUGCCCCCAUGUCCAAUAAGAAGAGACCCGGCUUGACACCUGCCUAUAUACAGAGGAGGAGAGCAACAUCUUCAGCGCUGGUCUUUGGAGGGGGGGGGGAACAACCCAAAACACAACACCACAUCAGGUCAGAGCGGGGGGCUCGGUGGUAUUAUAACCCCCCCCCCCAAGACUAUGACUUCCAGUAAAAUUGAGAUGCCAGGGGAGGUGAAGGCAGAUCCUGCAGCUCUGAUGGCAUCUCUGCAUCUGUUGCCUUCUCCCACUCUCAACCUUGAAAUCAAAUACACCAAGAUUUUCAUUAAUAAUGAAUGGCAGAAUUCCGAAAGUGGGAGAAUAUUCCCAGUAUAUAAUCCAGCAACAGGAGAGCAGAUCUGUGAGAUUCAGGAAGCUGACAAGGCUGAUACGGACAAAGCAGUGAGGUCAGCCCGGCUUGCUUUUUCUCUGGGUUCUGUUUGGAGGAGAAUGGAUGCAUCGGAAAGAGGUCAUCUUUUGGAUAAACUGGCAGACUUGGUUGAGAGAGACAGGGCAAUUCUUGCUACUAUGGAAUCCCUGAACAGUGGUAAACCCUUCUUGCAAGCUUUCUAUGUUGAUCUCCAGGGAGUCAUAAAAACCCUGAGGUAUUAUGCCGGUUGGGCAGACAAAAUCCAUGGAAUGACCAUUCCUGUAGAUGGAGAUUAUUUUACGUUUACAAGACAUGAACCCAUCGGAGUGUGUGGACAGAUCAUCCCUUGGAACUUCCCCCUGCUGAUGUUUGCAUGGAAGAUUGCUCCAGCUCUGUGCUGUGGAAAUACAGUAGUUAUUAAACCAGCAGAACAAACACCACUCAGCGCUCUCUAUAUGGGAGCCCUCAUCAAGGAGGCUGGCUUUCCACCAGGAGUUGUCAAUAUUUUGCCAGGAUUUGGUCCAAUUGUUGGUGCAGCCAUUGCCUCCCAUGUUGGCAUUGAUAAAAUUGCUUUUACUGGAUCCACUGAGGUUGGGAAGCUGAUCCAAGAAGCAGCUGGAAGGAGUAAUUUGAAGAGAGUUACACUGGAGCUGGGUGGGAAAAGCCCAAACAUUAUUUUCGCAGAUGCUGAUUUGGACUAUGCUGUGGAACAAGCUCACCAAGGGGUGUUCUUCAAUCAAGGUCAGUGCUGCACUGCAGGCUCACGGAUUUACGUGGAAGAAUCAAUCUACGAAGAGUUUGUCAGAAGAAGUGUAGAACGGGCAAAGAGGAGAGUUGUGGGGAGCCCUUUCGACCCAACUACAGAACAAGGUCCCCAGAUUGAUAAAAAACAAUACAAUAAGAUCUUGGAACUGAUUCAAAGUGGCAUUACAGAAGGAGCAAAACUCGAAUGUGGGGGUAAAGGACUAGGAAGAAAGGGCUUCUUCAUUGAACCUACAGUGUUUUCCAAUGUAACAGAUGACAUGAGGAUUGCCAAGGAGGAGAUUUUUGGGCCCGUCCAAGAAAUACUGAGAUUUAAAACCAUGGAUGAAGUUAUAGAGAGAGCCAACAAUUCUGAUUUUGGGCUGGUAGCUGCUGUCUUCACAAACGACAUAAACAAGGCCCUGACAGUCUCUUCAGCAAUGCAGGCUGGAACAGUCUGGAUAAAUUGCUACAAUGCCUUAAAUGCCCAAAGUCCUUUUGGAGGAUUCAAAAUGUCUGGCAAUGGGAGAGAGAUGGGUGAAUGCGGAUUGAGAGAAUAUUCUGAAGUUAAAACUGUGACAAUAAAGAUCCCUCAGAAGAACUCCUAAAAUGAUGAAGGACCCUGUUGUGCAGAAGAGCACAUGAUGCCACCUUCUCUAUUCCUUAUGGAGACCAGCACUCAGGAAUAAAAAGUGUUACACAAUAUAUAUUUAAGAAAUUAAGUUACAACAUAUAUACUGGGCACAUAACUGCGUACAUAAGGCAAACCAGCUCUGCAUGUUUUCAUAAAACUCUCCUGAGAAUCAUUACAUCUUUAUAAAAGCAAUUAUAAAAAGAGAUAAAAUUGCUAUUGGACAUCAUUUAAUAACGGUUCUAGCUAUAAAACUGUUAAAUGCAAAUGCAUGCACACACACAUUUAUCUCUUCUUUAAAUAAACAAAAUAAGUCUUA